GGGGCGCUGCUCUCACCUACCAUAGAGCCGAACCUCCCGGGAGCGCAGAGCGGCCUCCUCAGCGUUCGGUGCCGGCGAGGGGUGGAGGGUGGUGUUGCGGCUAUAGAAAGGCGGAAGUGCGGGCAGAGCGUCCCGCCCGCAGGGCAGCGCCAUGGCCUCCCGUGGGGGGCCCCGCGCCGCCGGCACCGACGGCAGCGACUUCCAGCACCGGGAGCGGGUGGCCUCGCACUACCAGAUGAGCGUGACCCUCAAGUCGGAGAUCAAGAAGCUGAUCUACACACACGUGUGCAUCUGGCUGCUGCUGCUCGCCCAGAUGUGCGUGGGGCACCUCAAGCUGCUGCCCCACGACCAAGUGGCCAUGCCCUACCAGUGGGAGUACCCCUACCUGCUCAGCAUCCUGCCCUCCCUGCUCGGCCUCCUCUCCUUCCCCCGCAACAACAUCAGCUACCUGGUGCUCUCCAUGAUCAGCACCGGGCUCUUCUCCGUGGCUCCCCUCAUCUAUGGGGCUAUGGAGAUGUUCCCCAUGGCGCAGCAGCUCUACCGGCACGGCAAGGCUUACCGCUUCAUCUUCGGCUUCUCGGCUGUGUCCGUCAUGUACCUGGUGGUGGUGGUGGCCGCUCAGGUGCACGGCUGGCAGCUCUACUACAGCAAGAAGCUGCUGGACUCCUGGUUCACCAGCACGCAGGAGAAGAAGAAGAAAUGAGCAGCGGUGGAGCUCGGGGAGGGAUGGAGGUCUGCAGCCGGGCCCUGCGGGACAGCGCUGGCGCGGCUCCGGUGCGGGCUCCCCCCCCGCUCCCUACCCGGGACCAAAGUGCGUGCCUGAGCCGUGCCGCGGCUCCGGGAUUGCAUGUAACGGGGGGAGAGCCGGGGCUGGGGAGGGGGGUCCCGUUCCUCCGCGUGUUUCUAUAUGGAAAUAAAGCUCCUCCGCGCUCCCA